GAGAACAAACGGCUCCGACCGAGUGAAAAUUCCAGUGUAGUCGAGUGUUAUUAUCAAGGAUCCUCUGUGUCCGUCAUAAGAUCAGAACUAUUCAGGCCUUCAAGUUUGCACCCCGGGAGUCGGCAUAGAUCCUCAUUUAUUUCCACGUUGGCUACAUGAUCCUGCUUGCUUGGUUUUGUGUAACCAUAUCUACCAACUCAGCCAUGCGGAGACACUCCCUCUUUCUCGAUUCAGGAAAUGUUCAUGGAUUUAGACACUGGUCGAUUUUGUACCUCAUUCUUACUGAACCAUCUACUGUACCAUCUUGGCUGCCGCCAUGUUAUAUAGCCAAAACAUUGCGGAUGCUGUGUGAUUCGUGGGUUAUUGAGCGCCGGAUAAAUCAGCGCAAUCUGGAUCACCAAUAUUUAAAUCUUGGCUGCACCGUUGUCGAUAGAAAUAGAACAUUCUAAACAGUGCCUCUCCCCUAGAUCCUUGAAGCUUGGGUUUAGUUCGCAGACUUAAACUCCAAGUAGACAUCAGGUAGAUAA